AUGGAAGGGAAGCUAUUUGGACAACUGUUUGGCUACUUUUGUCGGAUGUACCACAAUGAAGAACAUUAUGUGGAAGAGAAUCGUGCGUAUCGGCGGAUGUCACAUGGAAGAUAUCAAUAUUUUGUACCGACAUCGAAAGUAGCUACAGGAAAUCCUCUUUGCUUCUUCGGUUACAUUACGAGGAGACCAGCAUACCGCCUUAUCCAACGUGUUCUGAGGAUUCUGCCGUAUUCAAUUUGGAAGAAGUCACGUAGUCGGAAACGGAAGUUCUGGACUGAGGUGGCGAAAGAGGACCUGAGGAUACUCGGCUCGGAUAGACAGUUCAGGCCAGACGUAAGGUUUGUGGAAUAG